UCUAUAUUUAUCCAAAUCAAUAAUUAGCCUUAGUGCAAAGAUUUCAAUCAGUAACAAAUAUAAAAUCUUAACUUUGCAGUAACCUAAUAUAGACCCUUGUCAUCCCAAUGUAUCUGAGAACAUAAGGGCUCAUAAUUAAGCUUAUUUUAUAUAUAUAAAAAAAAAAAUCAUGCGAAAAUAGUGAUUGAGACUUUUGGAUGGAAAAAUGUAAGAAAUUGAUUUGAAUAAUUACACAAUGAGGUUUUUCGUAUGUGUAUAAAAGGCAGAAAUUUUAAAAAGAAGAGAGCAAAGGAAUGGAGUUCACAUGUCGAAUUGACAGGCAGCGUACUCGAUACUUUCAUGGAGUCGUCAACUGGUUAAAUCUACUGCUUCAAUCACUCUCUUUUCCUUCUUUGGGUCCUUAAGUGAAAUAAUGAUUUACCGUCUAGUUUUAGACGAGUGUGAAACACGGAUUUCAUUUAAUAGCGGUUCCAUCUUAACCAAUGAAUGAGUAAAUCGCCGACUAGGAGAAUCAGAUGACUCAACUUCAAGUUCCAAAAUAGCAAGAGAUUAUGAUUUUCUUUAGAAGGGGACUGCUUUAUAACCAGUGAACUACUCUUUGCCCAAUGCUUAAAAACCCCUCUCUCAGUUAACUAAAAUUUAACCACUCUUGCCCUCUGGGGCAUAGUCUAGUGGUGCAAAGGACAGGAGUGAGAAUAUCUCACGUCUUAUUGACAGCUGCAGUGUGGGGAUAUGAAAUUGGACUCCUUGUAGGCGUAGUGUACAGACAGCUCUUGUUCCCUGGCCUGUUAGGGCACAUCCCGCAAUUUACCUUCUUCACAAAGUUUUAGGCGCAGGACGAUGGGGACCCUCAAGAUUAGGGUUCAACUUUUUUUUUAAAAAAAAUAAUUUAACCACUCUUACCUUAAGAAGUCAGUAUUAAUGGAAAUAUUAUUAAAACAGCGCCAAUGGAUGUAAUUUCCACUUUUAUUUAUAAAUAUAAAAGUCUAUUAAGAAGGUUCGAGACCUUUCAGUUCCCGCGCUUCCUUAAAAAAAUCAGAGAGACUGAGAGAGGAGUAGAUGAAAAAGAGCUGAGAGUUCCAGAAUCUGAAAUCAAUUCGCAAGAGAGUAAAAUGGAGAAGAUCGGUGACGAAAGAGGGGGCCAGACUCAGGCAAUGAAGUCUCAAGUCGCCAUUAGAUGUGCUAAAGCUGCGAUUCUUCUAUCUUCCCUAAAAAAUUCCCCUAAUAAUUCAACUUCAAACAUUACCCUAAAGAAUGAAGAGGAAAUUGAGGAUCUAAAAAUAGCGUUGGUGAAGGAGAAACUGAAGAACAAGAAGCUGAGGAUUUGUGUUGAAAUGGAGUUGCUUGUAUUCUUCCUCUGGACUCUCCUUUUGCUGGUCGUCUUUUGAAAUCAUCGUUGCUUUCAAUGGUGGAAAUUCCUAUGGUUCCUGUAUGUAUAGAUAUGAUAGUUUCAACUGAUGCUUUUUCAGUUAAACUUCUAAUGGAGUUGGCUAUAAAUAGUUUACACUGCUUGACACGUGAAAUUCUUUUUGGGACUUUCAAGGCUGUAAAAUGUGCGAGUUUGAUUUAGCAGUUUCGUUAAUUUUGUGUCC